AUGUCGAUUGACUCAGACCAAGAUGAAGAGUCACUCACCCAUGUCGGAUCUGCUGCUCCAUCUUCACCCUCUGAUGAGCAGGAGGUUGAGGUCGCAGACGGAAUUGCUGAGUUUGUCGAAGGAGUGCUGGAUGAAGGGGAGCCAAAGACUUGGGAGGAACUGCAAGCGUUAGCAGAGGAGGGAUUGAAGAAUGCACGGAAAAGGAAGUCUUACCGAGAUGAGGUGGUCUUUGCCUCGUUAGUUCAACUCUAUCGCUUUGCUCCCAGGCAAGGGAGGCUCCGAGGAUCUCUUCGAGUGGCUCGGAAUCUUGGGCGAGGACCAGCAUUUGCACGCGUCUUGAAUGCACAUGCUCGACAUUUUGAGGCAAUGGGGAGCUUGAAGCCAGGUCAACAAGGGAAGCGGCCAUCUGGCUCCAGUGGCUCUGGGGAAUCUGCAUUGGAUGACGAAGCCUUCAGUCUCGGUGUCAAGAGCUUUUUGCGGACACUCGCACCUGGAACAGUGACCCCCACGCUUCUGCAGCAUCAUGUGAAUGAACAUUUGUUUCCCUCACUCAAGCUCCGUAAAACUUCGAUCUCUAAGCGUCAAGCUAGACGUUGGCUUUACCGUUUGGGCUAUCGACUAAAGUCCCACCAGAAAGGAGUUUAUUGGGAUGGUCACGAGCGCAAGGAUGUCCGAAAACAUCGCCAGGAGUUUUGUGAUUUAUUGAAAUCCCUUGAACCUUACAUGGCAAUGUAUGAAGGUCCGGAGAUGAAAGAAGUCCCACCUAAUCUUGCGGAAGGGGAGGUGGAGCACGUGUUUAUUUACCAAGAUGAAAGCACGUUCCACGAUAAUGACUUUCAGGGACAAGGCUAUUAUCUCAAACACGGAGAGCAAGUCCUCAAAAAGAAGACACGUGGUCGGCUCAUGCACCGAUCAGGAUACAUCUGCGCACGUUAUGGUAAUUUAGCACUCCCUCCAGAAAUGGUGGAAGCAAAUGCACGGCUUCCAGAAGGUGAACGUCUCACAAAGACGGACUCUGGUGUCACGAUUUUUCCCUCUAAUAAAGACGGUGGUGACACUUACUGGAAUACUCAGCAAAUGAUUACGCAGCUUCGGCAUGCAAUCUUAAUUGCACGUCGGCUUUUUCCAAAUGCGGUAAUCCACUGGGUGUUUGACAACUCUUCAUGUCACGACAGCCGAGCCCCUGGUGCUCUCAAUGCACGCGAGAUGAAUGUUGGGCCAGGAGGCCGUGUCCGACACAUGCACGACACAAUCAUCCCUUUAGGCAACCCUCAUGGACAUGGGGGGGAGCUUCAAUCAAUGCAGUUCCCUGCGCACAUUCCCGAUAAUCAUCCUUAUAAAAAGUUUGAAGGUAAACCUAAAGGAAUGCGUAUUAUUCUCGAAGAAUGUGGAUAUAUUAAACCUGGCACUAAGCUAGUUGGCGAUUGCAAGCUAUGCAAGGCCAAAAGGGCCAGAAAGCCAAAGCUUGCCUUAUCUCCGGAGGAGAUGGACCUUGCUGAUUGCGAGGACCUUGUCAACGACUCAGAGGAUGAGUCCCGUCCUUCCGAUUGCUGCCUUCUUCGCAUUCUCGAGCUCCAAGAAGACUUCCAGAAUGAGCUGUGUCUCCUUCAGAAGGUUGUUGAGGAGGCCGGCAAUCAGUGCCAUUUCCUGCCGAAAUUCCAUCCGGAGCUAAACCCCAUUGAAUAUUACUGGGGCUGGUGCAAGAAUUACUUUCGGGAGCGCUCCAAUGGCAACUUUGAACGCGGCAAGCGGCUUCUUCAGGAAGCAGUUGACAUGUGUCCCCUCAUAACCAUCCGCCGCUUCUUUCGCCGAGCCUCGCGAUACCUCAGCAUCUAUCACCUUGGGGCAACAGGGGUAGUUGCAGAAUUUGCUGCCAAAAGGUAUCGAGGCCAUAGAGGUGUUAUGCAGAAGGAUAUUGACCAAGCCCAAGCGGAGUGGGAGGUAAAACAGACCAAGCUGACGGUUGGACAAAGUCUUCAUUAG